CGCUUCCGCUUCCGGUAGCGGCUGCGCUUGGUGUGGCGAUGGCUGCGGCAGGCAGUGACCCGCGGGCGGGCGACGUGGAGGAGGACGCCUCUCAGCUCAUCUUUCCCAAAGAGUUUGAAACAGCUGAGACUCUUCUAAAUUCUGAAGUUCACAUGCUUCUGGAACAUCGAAAGCAGCAGAAUGAGAGUGCAGAAGAUGAACAGGAACUUUCUGAUGUCUUCAUGAAAACAUUAAACUAUACUGCCCGCUUCAGCCGUUUCAAAAACAGAGAGACCAUUGCCAGUGUUCGUAGUUUGUUGCUCCAGAAAAAACUUCAUAAGUUUGAGUUGGCCUGCUUGGCCAACCUUUGCCCAGAGACUGCUGAGGAGUCCAAGGCUCUGAUCCCAAGUCUGGAGGGGCGAUUUGAAGAUGAGGAACUACAGCAGAUACUUGAUGAUAUCCAGACUAAGCGCAGCUUUCAAUAUUGAUCUCCUAACAUCACUCUUGCUGAAGGAACCACAGCCCUAGUACAGUACUGCUAUUCCAGGAUGUGGGCUAACGUGCAUGGAAAUUCUGUUGCUGAGGACACUUAGGCUUCCUCUGGAUGAGCGACUUGUCUGAGUCUUGGUCUGGGUUGCUAUUUCAGACUUCUGAUGGACCACGAUGACGAUGUAAUCAUGCAAGGCAAUGUUGUGGAUGUGACAGACCUCUCUUGCCACUGCUGCUCCCCUCAGCAGUGUAUUUCAGUAGAUCCACCUGUUCUGUUCCCCACU